AUGAGGUUCAAGACUCUCUUGGCUGCAGCCAGCUGGGGCUGGUUGUUCGCUACCAGAAGCGCAGCUAUUAGCGCUUGCAAUCCACAGAAUCUCACUUACAGCAACGAAGUGCCUCCAAAUGGAACAUACAUGCCAUGGAACCUCAUGGAAAGCAUCAUCAGUGUGCCUGGCUCACGGCAAUACAUCACCAUCGUAAAUCUUACGCCUCAUAGAUUUGUCUUGCAGAAUACCCAUUCUUACCAGAUGACAACGUUUGAUUGGGGUGAUAUUCCCCAAGGCCAUUCCCGGCAAAACACUGUAGUCUACACGAACAAGGCCGGAGCAUCGGCUGUGGAUGAUAAUGGCGAAGCGUACUACGCUAUCGAUGGGACUAACAAAACAUUCUUCAUCAGAACGACGACUCAUAUACCAGACACAUAUCCAGCCAGAACUGUGAUUGAUCUUACGGGUAUGGGCCAAGGCCAGAGAGAAUACUUGGACCCAGCGGAACAAUCUCCCGUGACGUUGGUUAUCACGGGCAGCGAUAGCUAUGGCUUCAUUACGUCAAUCAAAUAUGGCCCUGGAAACUGGAUGAAGAAUAUGUACGACGUGAUUCAAGACAGACAACUCCAGCACAUUGUCAUGCCGGGCACCCACGAUGCGGGAAUGUCUACAAUCAGCAACCAGAUUAUUGGUGGAGGCAUCAGCGAAAAUACACAGACUCAAGGCAUCAACAUCUACGAUCAGCUCUAUGCAGGCUCGAGAUAUUUUGAUCUGCGCGUUGGAUCGGUGCAUUCCAUUACAAAUACCUCCAACUACAGCUUUUGGACCAUGCACGUCAACGACGAGACGGCUGAGGUCGCCCUUGGAAACACAGGAGAAUCGCUUGACAGUGUGAUUAGCGAGAUCAACCAAUUCACGGCUGAAAGCCCGGGAGAAGUCAUCAUUUUCCACGUCCGAUAUCUGGUCGGCAUACGUGAGGUCCCCAGCUUAGGGCCCAUUUACUGGACCAACGCAAUUGUCAACGAUUUCUUCAGCAAGCUUAGAGGUGUAAACAAUCGCUGCGGCAACCUGGACACCAGCAGCACGUUCAACCAAAAGCCAGCGUCUUAUUUCAUGGAUCAAAAUGGAGGAAAUGGCUGUGUGCUGUUUCUCCUUGCUGGUGAUUUACAGUCCGGUGUCCCUCAAGACUCAGUAGCGGACGGUCUCUACCAAGCCAAUGUACUCUCUAUCAAUGACGAUUGGUCUAACUUGGGCGACACUCAGCCCAUGGCGGAAGAUCAGGCAUCCGACUGGAAGGCAGUGAUUCGAGGGGGUAGCUCUGACACGUUCCAUAUAGAUCAAUGGCUUGUGAGCGCAGACAUCUUCACCACGACCCUAUAUACUAUUGAGGGCAUCGGAAUCAUGCCUACCAACCCAGCGCUCUACUGGAUGGGAGUCAACAACAUGAGUCCUCAGAGUUGGCCAACCGUUAUACUUACGGAUUACAUUGGCGUCGUCGUGAAGGGCCAGCACAGCUGGGAUCAGUUAAGCGCCGAUAUGUAUACUCUUGCCGUCGGCCUGAACCUGUAUAUGGUCAGCGAAAACUGCAAUGUUAGCUCGGUCUCGCCUCUUUCAGGCACGAACUCGGAACUCCAACUGGCUAGUUUGUCGGAGUCUUGGAAAGGCAUCAUUUACGCAAACGGAACGGUGGUUAAUGAGCCGCCACGGCAUUUGCAUCCUGGUCGUGUUGAGAUAUUGAAGAAGGGAACUGUGUUUAUGAAUGGUACCGUGUUGGACGCAGAUGUCAGAAACCCCAAUUUUGAAUCCAUAGAGGCAUAG